GACACAUGUGAAGUGUCCCUUUUAUCUAAAUUACCUUAUUUUCUUCUGUGGAGGUUGGCAAACCAAGUUGAGGUUGGAGUUUAGCAAAUAACAUGACCUAAGGCUAAGCUUAAAAAAAAAGAAACAGCGUCUAUGGGACCCAACAUGCGUGCGCGUGUCCACUGACGGCUGCAGAGGGAGGGAGCAGCGGGCGACAUCUUGGAUUCAUGAGUGGUAGGUGACCGCAGCUUCAAACACCAAAUACUCUCAAUUACACGGAGCUUCGGUCAGAAGCGGACACACCUGUCUCUGCUGAGCCGGACCGGUCCGGAGGACACAGAGAGACUGACACACAGAGUUUUCCAGCAUGGCCCGUGAACACUGAGAGAGACCACCACCAUGAUCGGAGGACUCUUCAUCUACAACCACAAGGGCGAGGUGCUGAUCUCCCGUGUCUACCGUGAUGACAUCGGGAGGAAUGCGGUGGAUGCGUUCCGUGUGAAUGUGAUCCAUGCACGUCAGCAGGUACGCUCACCCGUCACCAACAUCGCCCGCACCAGCUUCUUCCACGUCAAGCGCUCCAACAUCUGGCUGGCUGCUGUUACCAAGCAGAAUGUCAAUGCAGCCAUGGUGUUUGAGUUCCUCUAUACGAUGUGUGACGUCAUGACUGCCUAUUUUGGCAAGAUCAGCGAGGAGAACAUCAAGAACAACUUUGUGUUGAUCUACGAGCUUCUAGAUGAGAUCCUGGAUUUUGGGUACCCCCAGAACUCUGAGACCGGAGCCUUGAAGACCUUCAUUACUCAACAGGGUAUCAAGAGCCAGCAUCAUACGAAAGAGGAGCAGUCUCAGAUUACCAGUCAGGUCACCGGACAGAUCGGCUGGAGACGUGAGGGCAUCAAAUAUCGCCGCAACGAACUCUUCCUGGAUGUACUGGAAAGUGUGAACUUGCUGAUGUCACCGCAGGGUCAGGUGUUGAGUGCACAUGUCUCAGGGCGUGUGGUGAUGAAAAGCUACCUGAGUGGAAUGCCAGAGUGCAAGUUUGGCAUGAACGACAAGAUUGUCAUCGACAAGCAGGGCAAAGGUGGCACGACUGAUGACUCGGGCAAAAGUGAGUUGGGGGGCAGUGGGAAACAGUCCAUUGCGAUCGAUGACUGCACGUUCCACCAGUGUGUCCGUCUCAGCAAGUUUGACUCGGAGCGCAGUAUUAGCUUCAUUCCUCCCGAUGGAGAGUAUGAGCUCAUGAGGUACCGCACCACUAAAGACAUCAUCCUCCCCUUUCGUGUCAUCCCAUUGGUCCGAGAGGUGGGCCGCACCAAGCUGGAGGUAAAGGUGGUGAUCAAGUCCAACUUCAAACCCUCCCUGCUGGCACAGAAGAUAGAGGUGCGCAUUCCUACUCCACUCAACACCAGUGGGGUUCAGGUCAUCUGUAUGAAGGGGAAAGCCAAGUACAAAGCCAGUGAGAACGCCAUUGUUUGGAAGAUCAAGCGAAUGGCUGGUAUGAAGGAAUCUCAGAUCAGUGCGGAAAUUGAGCUGUUGCCCACUAAUGACAAAAAGAAGUGGGCUCGCCCACCCAUCUCCAUGAACUUUGAGGUCAGCUUGAAUUCUUGA